GAGUUUAGAACCUGCUGCAGCUUUAAUCCAGCAGCACUAGUGUUGCGGUAGCCGAGAUGAGGACGCACUCAAUCCACACAGCAACAACAGCAGCAGCAGCCCACGUCACAGCCCACAAUUCAGUUACCGUGGAGAGGACCCUGAUACGACUGAGGGGCAGAGGGUCAGGAUGGUGAGAGACAACACCUCAGGCACUGUUGAUUGAUUCGUUCAACACCUACUGCCACUUUUCCUGCCUGGUUCUGUAUUAUGAGCACACAAAGACUGUAACAAUUAAGGAAACAACAGUCUUCAACACCAGUAACAGACUACACUCCAAAAGCAGCCUUGCAUUAUGGGAGUUGCAGUCUACAACAUCUCUGCCACCUCGGCCCGUGUGACGUGGCCCAAAUCCCCGAGCUGCCUCGACACCUUCUACAGUGUCAUGUAUGACCCCAACUGGAACAGCCUGCUGAUGGGCUACAAGCGCAAGAGCUUCAUGCACGAGGAGCGAAUCCCUGUCAGCCAAACCAGCACACACCUGGCCAACCUCCUGCCCCAGACCGCCUACUUCCUAUGUGUGACAUGCCAAGCCGCCAAUCCAGUUCGGGACCAGUGCCAGGUGUUCAGCACUCUGAGUGAAAGCAGUGAUGGUCAUGACAGAGCCGGCUGGGAGCUUGCCAUGGGCGUCUGGCUGACCUGCUGCAUCUUGCUCCUGGUAAUCGCGGGCAUCCUGUUGUGGGGAUGUCUCCACACCAUCUGCUCCCUCCCAAGUCAAGCUGCCGAGGGCUGCUCUGCGAUGACUGAUGCUAACCAUCAAGAUAUGUCCGGAUCUGGACACCUCUACACUCCCAGCAGCAGCGAGGACAGCUCCAAUCACGCCCCCAUUAUACAAACCCCCCUGAUCCCACCGCAGACCACCGGCCACAUAAUUACCCAAGACCAUGAGCUGAGGACGCUCGCUAAGCUGUCUGGUAGCGAGCCAGUAUAAAUCGAAUGGAUUGAGGUCAUUACAGCGUUGUUCUGCCCUGACUCAAUUGUCAAUAUUUUUAUCCACUGAUGAAAUUCCUUUUCUCUUCAGGGAUAUUUUUAUUUUUACAGGACUAUUAAAAAACAAAAAUUUUAAAACUCCAGAUUCUGUAUGUAAUAUUAUUUCAGGAAAUGCAACACUUGAGGGAAGAAAAAUCCUAGUCGUUCUCACUUGUCUCUAUUCUCUAUUAUUGUAUGUUGCAACAUUCAAUGUCUGAAUAUUUUUCUUGGAAAUCACACUCAUGAAGGUUGUAUUGUUCAAUUUGUGCGCUUGAGUAUGUGAUAACCUAUGGACAUUUCCUGUUCUGCACCAUGUACUGUGCACAUACUUUAAAGAGGUUCCAAAUGCUGUGUAUUGUAAUGUUUUCACAGAAGUAAAUUGUAGAUACAUGUGUAUUUUCACUUGUGAAUGUCUUACACAUAGAAAGUCAAAUCAUGGCAAAAUUUAUAAACACAUCGCUCAUGACUGAAACACAAGAAAAUACAGUUAAAAAUAGCA